AUGAACAAGCUUAAGCAGGUCUUCACCCACGACUCCGCCGACCGCUCCCCCUCGGGCCACUUCUCCGCUCACGAGUCCGCCAACGAGAGCACCGGCGGAGGCCUCACCGGCAAGGCUGCCAACGCCGCCGUCGACAAGGCCACCGACAGGUCCGCGGGCAACGAGACCACCCACAACACCCAGACCCCGACACACUCCUCCGCUGGCGACCGUGUUGCGUCGGCAGCUGCUGGUGCGGCGUCUGGCUCGCACAUCGACUCGACCACCGGCACUCGCUCUUCGUCGAACAACGCUGUUUCUACGCCUACCUCUUCCGCUGCUGGAGACCGCACCUCGACUGGCAUGACCGGCGCAACUGGCGCAACUGGCACGACCGGCGCGACCACUGGCUCGUCGACCCGUACGGGUGCUGGCGGCGCCGUCGAGCGCGGCAUGGAGCACCUCCGCGAGCACGCCGCUCCUCCUCCUCACAAGCACCACCAGCCUGGCCGCGACACCGUCCUCGGCGAGGCGGAGGCCAAGAUGGCGACCCACGACCACCAGCACCUCGCGCCCGUCACCCACGAGACCCGCCACCACCACGAGGUUGAGGAGGUCGAGCGCCAGCGCGAGAUUGACCGACACGUCCACCACGUCCAGCACCACGUCCAGCCGGUCGUUGACGAGCAGCACGCUGGCGAGGUUCACCACGAGAAGGCUGUCCCCGUCACCAAGAUCCACGAGCGUCACGUCGCGACCGACGAGGACAAGACGCAGUUCGCCUCGCUCAACAAGGCCAAGGACUCGGUUGUCGAGGCUCCUCGCGAGCGCACCAUCAUCGACCGUGGCGAGCAGGUCCACGAGAACGUCCAGCACCACGUCCACCACAUCGUCCAGCCCACCAUCGAGCGCGACACCCACGAGCACCACAAGAUCCACACCACCAUCCCCAUUCACGAGACCGUCCACGAGGCGCCCGUCGUCCACCAGAGUACCGUCCACGAGCCCCUCCCUCUCAAGGAGUUUGUUGCCGGCGGAGGCGACCUCAAGUCGACCUUGAGGCACGACGCCGACGCUCUCCUCGACCGCGGCGAAUGCGAGCGCACUGUUGACGGCCCGGCAGAGACCCUCACUCAGCAGCUCGGCCUCGCCUCAAUCGGCGAGAAGAAGGGCACUGCGUCGACCACCAACCCCAUCGGCGAGCGCGGUACGACCGCCGCGACCGGAACCGGCGGCGCAGCGACGUCGUCGACCGGUGCAGGCAUCGGCCACCACAACGCUGGUACCGCGACGUCGACUGGCGCCGGCAUCUAG